GCAGAGCUGAUGUUGAAACGAACCACCCGAUUGCUGGCCGCGCGCCAGUUGGCGACCGCGGCACGCACCAAGUACGUGCUUGGCAUCGAGACGAGCUGCGACGACACGGCCGUCGCCAUCAUCGACUCGAACGGCACGAUCCUCAGCGAAGUCGUCUCGUCGCAAUGGGCGCUGCUGGAAACGUGGAAAGGUAUUGUGCCUGCGCUCGCCGCGCGGUCGCACGAAGAGAACCUUCCACUCGUGCUGCAGGCCGCCAUCGAGCAAAGCGGCCUUGAUGGCUUUGGUGCUUUGGACGCAGUGGCAGUGACGUCCGGCCCAGGUCUCGCGCCGUGCCUCAACGUCGGACUCUCGGCAGCCAAGGACCUCGUCGCUCGGCACAACUUGGACUUUUUGGCCAUCAACCACUUGGAGGCGCAUGCGCUCGUGCCCCGGCUUCUGAACGACGACGUUCGCUUUCCGUUUCUUGUGCUCCUCGUGUCGGGCGGCCACUGCUCGCUGGUUCUCGCCAAGGACGUGGGCAGCUACGACGUGCUUGGAAGCACGGUCGACGACUCGGUCGGCGAGGCCUUUGACAAGGUCGCGCGCAUGCUCGAGCUCCCGAGCGAGAAUGCCAAGCUCCACGGCGGCGCUCUCGUCGAAGCCGCCGCGCGUCUCGGAAACGACCGCGUCUUUCGCCUCACGGAGCCCAUGAAGAAGAAGAAGCGCAAGGACUGCGAUUUUUCGUUUGCGGGCUUGAAGACAGCCAUGAUGCGGCUCAUUGCCGAGCAUCAACCGCUGACACCAACGACCAAGCACGACCUCGCGGCCGCAUUUCAACGCACAGCAGUCGCGCACCUUGUGACCCGAACGAAGCUUGCGUGCGAGAUCACGACCGAGUCCCACCCAUCGCUGCAGCACCUGGUGGUUUGCGGGGGCGUGGCCGCCAACACGACGCUGCGACGCGAGAUGGACACCCUCGCACGUGCCCACGGUCUUUGCGCGGUGUACCCGCCGCCGCGCUACUGCACGGACAAUGGUGUUAUGAUUGCGUGGGCCGGCAUGGAGCGGUACCUCCGCGGCGUUCGCGAUGACGCGGCCGGGACCAAGUACGCGCCGCGGUGGCCGUUGAACACCCUCCAGCACGUGCCGGUGCCGCCAUAAAUGCAGAUGAUUUCUUGGUAAAUCGAUAAUUUGAUACUAUGAAACCAAGU